AUGGUCAGCCCUCGGGGUCCACCCAGGGCCAGGCCCACGGACAUGACAACCCCUGGACCCCUCCUGCCUCCUUAUGGUGUCAUAGUUGGAGUUUUGCUUCGCCUCGUUGUUUAUUUAGUCGCUGUGCUGUAUAGUUAUGCUGAGCAGCUGUUCUUGAAAAAGGAUGACAAUAAAAUAAAGAAACAAGAUAUGCCAGCAAUUUGUGAUCUUCACUGCUGCAAGGAUGCGCCUGUAAGAAAUGGCCUCAUUGGGCAGAAGCCACCCUCUAUCAACCCCGAGAGACUGAAGGAUUUUGGUGAGGAGGAUUACCUGAAUGGGGACGUGAAGACCUGGGAAAUGAAGAUAGUGAGCCGAAAUGAGGAAUUGCUUAGGGAUGCCCUUUCCUGCAUCCCUCAGCCAAGCAGUAGGACCAGCCUGGCAAGCUGUAACAAGCUGAUUCGAUUUGAAGACAUUAGUGCAGCAGCCUUCAAAAUCCAGUAUGGUGUUCAGAAAACCCCUUGUAUGUAUUCUAGGCUAUCCAAGCAGUAUGGAAUGGACAUCUACCUGAAGAAGGAAUUCCUCCAGUACACGGGCACUGUGAAGGAACGAGGUGUACUUUACCUUCUGAUGUCAUUGCCUCAGGAGCAGCAAAGAAAAGGGGUGAUCGUGGCUUCGGACAGUAACUUUUCCAUGGCUGUUGCUUACCACGCCUCAGAGCUCCGUAUUCCCGUGUUUGUCAUCGUUCCCACGGGCACGGCUCCGGCCAGGGUGCGGAUGUGCCGUGAGUACGGUGCCAUGGUUAUCUCCUACGGCACCGCAGCCAAGGAUUCCCAGGUGCACGCCAGGAGGCUGGCGCAGGAGAACGGUUACCUCUACCUUGAAGAGGAGGAUAGUGCUGUGUACCUGUCAGGCCUGGGGACCGUGGGGCUGGAGAUGUACGAGCAGGUGCCAAAGCUGGACGCUGUGAUUUUCCCUGCAGGAGGCCACUGUGGCUUGCUGGCAGGGUCAGCUGCUGCACUCAAACACCUCAACCCACAUAUUUCUGUAAUUGGAGUUGAAUCUGAAAGUUUCCCAGUAUUGCAACAGUCCUUAAAAGCUGGCCACCCAACUGAUGACCAGGCCUGCAACAAUCAUCACUUCUAUGGAGAUGUGAGUGGAGUUUGCUUUGGCAGUAAUUCUUUGCAGCUGACUGGGAAGCUUGUGGAUAAAGUUGUUUCUGUGAGGGAGGAGGACGUCCUCAUUUCAAUGCUGAGGCUGCUGGAGUACGAGCGAGCCACGGUUGAUGCAGAAGGAGCCAUUGCACUUGCAGCAUUGGUGGCAGGGAAGCUGCCUGAGUUGAAGGGUAAAAGAGUGGCAGUUGUUAUAUGCAGUGGAAACCUGGAAUUACAUUUACUGCAACAGUGCAUAGCUCGUGCCCUGACCCUGGAUAACAGAGUGUGCAGAUUUUCUCUUGUGAUUUCUGACUGCCCAGGAGACAUGUCAAAGCUACUUGAGAUUUUGGCUCGGGAAGAAGCAAGAGUUUUGGAUAUCAAGCAAGAACGCACAUUUGUGACGUCUGAGCUCUUCACUGUCGAGGUCGUCUGCACUGUGGAGACCAGGGACAAGAUGCACACAGCCCAGCUGAGGAACGCGCUCUUGGAGCGCUACCCCACGACCGCCUGGACCGAGCGGUGA